CCAAACAAAGAAACCUUCAGCACAGAGCAACAUCUGGUACCAUGGCCUGCUGCGCUACUAGCUUCUGUGGCUUUCCCACAUGCUCCACUGGUGGCACCUGUGGCUCCAGCUGCUGCCAGCCCAGCUGCUCCCAGUCCAGCUGCUGCCAGCCCAGCUGCUCCCAGUCCAGCUGUUGCCAGCCCAGCUGCUGUCAGACCAGCUGCUGCCAACCUAGCUGCUGUCAGACCAGCUGCUGCCAGCCCACAUGCUGUCAGACCAGCUGCUGCCAGCCCAGCUGCUGUGGAACUGGCAGUGGCCAGGAGGGUGGCAGUGGAGGCGUGAGCUGCCGCGUUAGAUGGUGCCGCCCAGACUGCCGCGUGGAGGGCACCUGCCUGCCCCCCUGCUGCGUGGUGAGCUGCACACCCCCAACCUGCUGCCAGCUGCACCAUGCCCAGGCCUCCUGUUGCCGCCCCUCCUACUGUGGACAGUCCUGCUGCCGUCCAGCCUGCUGCUGCUACUGCUGCCCGCCCAGCUGCUCUGAGCCCAGCUGCUGCCAGCCCAGCUGCUCUGAGCCCAGCUGCUGCCAGCCCGCCUGUUAAGACCCCACUGUUCAACUUUCAAGUCUUCGGCCACUAACACGUUCUUGAACUUCGAUUUGGCUUGUUUUGAGGGCAGGGAGGGCCACCAAACAGUUGGCCUCACAGAACUUUUUUUUUUUUUUUUUUUU